AUGGAUUUAACUACAUUGGCUGGAACAUUUGGAGAUAGAGAGGAGAAAAUAAAUAAUUUACAGCUCGAACAGGCUGGCUCGUCAAGUUGGCGAAUGAAAGAAGAGCAGCCGCUUGAGUUUGCGGGACCAGCAACUGCUUCGGUAACUUUACCAAAUAGUAAUCGAGCAACGCAAUCUACAAUUGCAAGCACUCACCUUCCAACGACCAUUUGCCAAGGAUGUUUAGAGAUCAAGAAGGAAGUGCAAGAAAUGAAGCAACAUUUCGAAAAGAAUAUGCAGGCACUUAUUAAUCAAGUUUGUGCUGCAACAGGUAGUGAACCGGGAAAUACUUUUCCGAGCUCAUCUUCUCAAAGGAAAAUUGCAGUUGCUCCUGAAUGCCCUGUUGCUCUGAGGCCCAUGCCUACAUUGCCAGCCCCUUUACUACAGUGGAACCCAUGGUUAUUUCCAUCUUUAUUGCAACAAGCAAAUCCCAUUUUGGCACCUACGCUACAAGAGCAACUGCAGUUGAGCUCUCUUAAAAGAUGGAAUUCAUCAAGUCUUGAGCAAAAAUCAGAUUCGAAUGGAAAUACUCAAAUCGAUCCUAUCAGCGUAGGUAGCAGCAUUGAUGCAUGUUCUACGCCUGUUUCCGCUGCAGCGAAAAGUGUUAUUAACAAUGCUGAUAAUGUUGCACAUGUGUUCGCAUCGAAGUUAGAUUCACUUUCAUCAUUAAAUCCAUUGCUACUGCAACAACAUCUGCUGCAGCAACUAGUUGCAAGUGGUCAGAGUUAUCUCGGGCAGUCACCGUCGACUCAGUUACAUCACAUUCAGCAACAAACGCAGCACGAGCAACAGUCCAAACAGGAUCAUUCCGCUCAACUUCAUUUAAGUCCUGCAAAUGUUGUUGAUCAAGCGCUCAAUUGCGGUCUUCCUACCCAUUUAGAAACACUAACAGGAAGAAGUCAACAAGCUCACCAACAUCUUGUUCAGCAGAUGUUCAGUGGGAACCAAAGUGCACAAAAUACGUUGGUACAACAACAGCGGCAACAUCUAACUACGUCUUCCCCAUGUCGAAAGAAACCUGUGUCAGAUGACUAUGUGAAAUUUAUACGACAAAAAGGAGUUUCGCAGAGCAGCAUUUCAGAUAUUAAGAUUCCAGUUCCUCAAGCUUAUCUUUCGGAUCCAGGUUUUGCACCGUGUAGUGAGGAGCAAAUAAUUCAGCAGUUCCACCAAAAUCGUCGCUGUGAUGAUGAUGUACGUAAAGCAAUGGCAUUCUUAUCUAAAAUGCUUGCUGAAAAGCGGGUAUUUGGUACUAAGUUAAUGGCGCAAACGACUGUUGCGGGUCCAAAUCACUCAACAUAUAAAAAUCUUCCUGAAGAGGGCAUACAUUAUAUCGCGUAUGUGUGUCGUAAGGUCAUGAUGCAUCGAAUUCCAAAUGAAGAUGAAUUUUGGGAAGUGUUUCGCGAUGUAACUCGGAAGUUAGCUGCUCGUUGUCGACGCGUGCGGCAUUCUAAAAAGACAAGAAAUGAGGAACGUGAUGCAAAGCGUCUUCGUGAAAGCAGUACUGUGGAUCAUCGUCACCAUCAUUUACAGCUUGGUGCCUCAGCUACACCUGCGACCAAUGACGCUCUGAAAGGCACUACUCCAAUGCUCUCUUCUCUGAAAGGUACCGGGAAAGACGCUUUCAGUACAGCACUGGAGCAUCAUUUACAAGUUAAUGAGGAACAUCUAAAAAGUAUUCAAGGAACUGCAUUACAAACGCCAUUCAAACCUGACGCAAGUGUUGCUUAA